CACUUCAAUCUGUUAAUAGUUGAGAAUCUGCGCUCCGAUACUCUAACAAAGCCUUCAGAUGGGAUGCGACGGGCGAUAGCGGAUGCUGUGGUCGGCGACUCCAUGUAUAUCGAAGACCCAACAGUUAUCGAGUUGGAGAGCUAUGCGGCAAAAAUAAUGGGCAAAGAGGCGGCUAUUUUUGUUCCAUCGGGAACAAUGUCUAAUCUGGUUGCAGUGAUGGCUCACACUUGGGAAAGGGGAGCAGAGAUCUUAUUAGGAGAUUGUUCUCAUAUACAUAUCAAUGAGCAGGGCAAUAUUGGAACCAUAGCCCACGUCCACAGCCGUACUCUUACUAACAAAAGUGACGGAACUUUUAGUAUCGAUGAAUUGGUUUCAAAGAUUCGUUAUAACGUCGACUCUUUAUUCCCGAACACAGCUCUCUACUGA